AUGUCCUUCUGCCUGACUGAGAUGUUUCUGUGGUCUUUGAAGACCAGCUUACAUAUUAGAGAUGAAGACAUUGGCAUCCACCAGUACUGUGACAAGAAAGAACCAGCAUCACUGAUGAAGCACAGUUACUUAGAAGAGAAGCAAAAGCUAGCAGAAUCUCGAGAUUAUCCUUGGAUCCUGAAAACCAAGCGACCAGACAAACUGCGAGAUGCUCUCAAGGAGGUAGAGGACUUAAUGCAGAACAGUCUAUGUGUGCUGAGCAAAUGGAAGAACAAACAUACCUGUCAGCUCCUCUUUCACUCAGGUAUUUUGGUGUCCCUAAGCCUUUCUGGGCCACAGCUGGAGAAGGUGGUGAUUGACAGGACCCUGGUGGGGAAGCUCAUCUCCGACACCAUCAGUGAUGCUGUUCUUACAGACAAUUUCAUCAUCUUGUCAUUUGAGGACCAUAACCAACUCUGCUUAAUUCAGUUUACAAAGGCAAUGGAUUCUCCUGAUGUAAACAAAAGACUGGAAAAACUCUCUUGUUUGGACUCUAAGAUUUCUUAUGUUGAUAUACUUGGACCAGAAGGUAGAAGGAUGAAACGUCACCUGGCAAUAAACUGUAUGCAAGAUCUGGUCAUUUGCUGGUGGUCAGCAACUAGUGAUGGAGCAUGGCCUUGGUCUCCUAUUUCCUGUCAGAGGGACAGAGCCAACCUAUUGCUAUUAGGCUGUGCACAUGGAAAAUUGGAGGUGCUGAGUUACGUCCGCACGGAGUGGGACCCGCUGGAUGCCAGGUUCAGCUGUCUCCAGCCCCAGCAGGUGCUGACGGUGGAGCGCUCGGUGUCCGCAGCCAAGGAGCCCAUGGCCGACAGCUGCGUCUACAAGUGCGUCAGGAACAGAAUCCAGUGCGCCGCCGUCACCAGGAUCCCCCUGCGAGCCAGGGCCAUCAGCUGCUGCAGGGAUGUGACAGAAGACAAGCUGGUGCUGGGCUGUGAAGACUCGUCAGUAGUUCUGUACGAAGCCUACAGCCAAGUGACUCUGCUGGCCCAAGCAGAGCUGCUCCCUGCUGUAAUUGCCUACCACCCCUGCGGAGCCGUGCUGGUGGUUGGCAGCUCUCAAGGGGAGCUGCAGCUUUUUGACACGGCGCUGUCCCCAGUUAAAAUUCAGCUCUUGGCACAGGACUAUUCACCUGAGGCAACUCUGCAGUUCAGUAAACACUGUGAGGUGCCCACCAGCCUCAUCCAGAUCCAGUGGGCUGCUCCGCAAGGUGCAUUUCCCAGUCCUGACAGCAUGGAUAUUCACGAUCUGUUGUUGGUUAGAUUUGAUAAAGGACCCUUGGGAGUGCUUCACUUUAAACUUGGUGUGCUCACAGGAGGACAGCUGGGCCUUGUGGAAAUCAUCCACCAGUACAUUCGUUACGAUGAGAUACAGGAGGCAGUUAAUGUCCUGAGCACCAUGAACUGGAACACGAUGGGGCAGCAGUGCUUUAUCUGCCUGAGUGCUAUUUGCAACCACCUUCUUAAACAAAAGCUUACACCAGCCAGAGAAGCACAGCUUGAGGCAAGCCUUGGAACCUUUUAUGCUCCAACAAGGCCUCUCUUGGAUAGAACUGUGCUGGAGUACAGGGACACCAUCAGCAGAUAUGCAAGAAGGUUCUUCCACCACCUGCUCAGGUAUCAGAGGUUUGAAAAAGCAUUUCUGCUUGCUGUUGAUAUCGGUGCUCGGGACCUGUUCAUGGACAUCCAUUACCUUGCUCUAGAUAAGGGUGAAUUGGCACUAGCUGAAGUGGCAAAGAGAAAGGCUAAUGACAUUGAUGCAGAAUCAAUAACUACUGGAAUUGAACUUCUGGGGCAGUCAGAUGAAGAGGACCCAUCUUGUGAAGCUUUCGCUGACCAAUCUCCAGAGCAGGGAGGAGGGUGCAACCUGCCUGCUCCCGGCCCUGCUGACAGACCACCAGCGUCCCACAGACCCACCAGCCGCAGACAGGCAGAGGACACUGAGCCUGGAGCGGAUUGCCACACCACCUCCCUGAUCAAGAAAACCUUUUCCAGCAGCCAGGAAGGAAAUAUGAGAGCCGUUCCUUCAGAGCAGGAGACUGGAGACAGCAGGUCUCUCCAAAUCGUGCACUUUGGGCUGGUGUGACUGAGCUGCCAAAGCAGAGAAGAG